GGCUAGCUAAGCACUCAGCCGUCGUAGGAACUAGGCUCAGCCCGGCCGCGCGCAAAAAAGAUGCGCACGCUCGCGCUCCUCGCCCUCGUCGGCGGCGCCGCGGCCGACGACGCGCCCCUCUCCGAGGCCGAGACGGAGCGCCUCCUGCGCGAGGCCGCGGGCUGGCGGUCGGGGCAGCGCAACGGCACGCGGUCGCUGCGGCGCGCGGUCGAGAUGUACGCGCUCGCGGCCGACCGGGGCUCGGGCGCCGGCGCGCGCCACGGCGCGUUCGAGCUCGCGCGGCUCCUCGAGCGCGGCUGCGCGUGGCCGAGCCUCGGCGCGGCCGCCGGCGACGUGGGCAGCCUCUGCGCGCGCGACCUGCCCGAGGCCCUCCGGCGCUUCGGCGCGGCGGCCCAGCGGGGCCACCCCGCGGCCCAGUUCGGCGUCGCCGUCGCGCUCGGGAGCGACGCGUUCGUCGUCGGCGACGACGCCGAGCGCGCGGCGCUGCGGGCCUACGCGGCGGAGGUGGGCGGCGCCGCCGCCGCCGCCGCCGCGGCCGCGCGGGGCCGCGCGUCGCGCGAGGACGCGGCCGUGCUCCACCUCUACUUCGCGGCGGCGGGCGGCGACCCGCUGGCGAACAUGGCGCUCGGCGCGCGCCACGUCCACGGCGACGGCGUGCCGAAGGACUGCGACGCGGCGCUGCGCUUCUACGAGCGGGCCGCGGACGAGGCCGUCCGGCGCGCCGCCGCCGAGGGCGUGCUCCGGCCGAACGCGCGCGAGCGGCUCUCGGCGGCGGGCGGGCGCGUGGCGGCGCUGGAGGCGCUCUGGGACGCGACGGCGGGCCGGCUCCUGGACCUGGGCGCGGGCCUCGUCGAGCACCGCGACCGGCUCGUCCGCGCGGGCCGCGCGCUCCUCGCCGCGCCGCGCGCGCGGGCCGCGCCGCCGCCGCCGCCGCCGCCGGCGGCCGCCGCGCCGGACGCGCCGUGGGUCGCGCCGCCGGGCGCGCCGCCCUGGGCGGCCGACGGCGACGACCCGUUCUGGGGCGUCGGCGGCCGGCCCGGCCGCGGCGCCGACGUGCUCCACUACUACCGCCACGCGGCGUCGCAGGGCGACGGCGCGGCGCAGCUCGCGCUGGGCCACCUCCACUUCCACGGCGGGCGGGGCGUCGCGCAGGACCCGGCGCGCGCGGCGCGCCUCUUCGCCGCCGCCGCCGACGGCGCCGAGGUCGACGACGCCGCGGCGUUCGGCUGGGCGGGCCUCUGCUACCUCGAGGGCUGGGGCGUGGCCCGGGACGAGGCCCGGGCCGAGGCCUGGCUGCGGCGGGGCGAGAAGCGCGGCGACGCCGCGGCGCUCGACGGGCUCGGCCUGCUCGAGCUGCGGCGCGCGGCGGGCCGGAAGGAGCGGGACGCGGCGGCGGGCUACUUCCGGCGGGCCUCGGAGAAGGGCUUCAUGGACGCGCUCUACCACCUCGGGCUGUACCAGCUCGGCUGGGACGGCCGGCCGGAGGCGGAGCUCGCGCUCGUCGACGGCUUCGCGCGGCGGCUCGCGCGGCAGGAGCGCCGGUCGCGCAAGGACGCGCAGAAGGCGCUGCAGUUCUUCAGCCUGGCGGCGCAGAACGGCCACGUGCGCGCGCUCCACAAGGUCGGGCGGCUCUAUGCGCGCGCGCUCGGCGUGCGGCGGAGCUGCGACGUGGCGGCGAACGCCUACAAGACGGUGGCCGAGCGGGGCCCCUGGGUCGCGCAGCUCGCCGAGGCCCACGCCGUGUACGCGCGGGGCGACGUCGACGGCGCGCGGCGCGCGUACGCGCGGCUGGCCGAGGCGGGCUACGAGGUCGCGCAGGCGAACGCCGCGGCUGCUCGACCGCGCGGCGCGCGCGGCGCGGCGCGGGGCCGCGGACUGCCUCGGGACGUCGGCGGGGGACUGCGAGGGCCGCGCGCGGCGCCUCUACGAGCUCGCGGCCAAGCAGGGCAACGCCGACGCCGCGCUGCGGCUGGGCGACAUGACGCUGCGCGCGGGCGACGCCGCGCGGGCCGUGGGGCACUACCAGGCGGCGCACGAGCUGCGCCACGCCCAGGCGACCUUCGCGCUCGCGUGGUGCUACCAGCGCGGCCUCGGCGUGCGGCGCGACCUGCACCUCGCGAAGCGGCACUUCGGGCUCGCGGCCGAGGCGGACGCGGACGCCGCCUGGCCCGUGCGCCUCGCGCUGGGCCUGCUCUACGCGGAGUGGGGGCUCCAGGAGGCCGCGCGGCGGCGGCC